GUGUGUGUGUGUGUUUGCGCAGGUGGAGGCGUGUGUGCCGCAGGUGAAGCCGCUGCAGGAGCAGAUGGUGGUGGAGGAGGGCGAGCUUGAGGGAGACACUCUGGAUCCUCAGACAGGUCUGUUCUACCGCUCAUCUCAGCCCAAACCUGCAGCCGGCCCGUCUGACACGCCCACUUCCUCUAAGAGGGCGGAGCCUCUCACGCCCCGAGUCUCCAUACAGAGAGCUGCUGCGUCUGCGUCUGCGGCGCUCGUCUCCUCGAACCCUCCACACAAACCGCAGCUGCCCAAACUGCAGCAGGCGCCCUCCUCACACCACCGGCCCAACACACACACGCAGCUGUCGCAGCCGCCGCCGCUGCAGGCGCAUCACCCCGUGUGCUCCAGCAAGACUCCCAGCAGCAGCCAGCUGCAGCAGCCGAUCAUCACGCAGGGAGCGUCUGUCACGAAGAUCACGUUCGGCGCUCAUCAGUGUCCCCCGGUGUCCAGCAGCGGCGAGGCGUCCGUCAAGCUCCAGCCGGAGCCCAGCUCCAGUCACACAGCGCCGGAGAAGACCUCCGACAUCCUGAAGAUCUCCAUGAUGCAGGCGGAGAUCGAGCCCAUGGUGGUGGACUCGUCCAGCGACUGCGGCCCGCUGACCAAACCACCGAGCGCCUCGCCGCUCAUCAGCAGCUCCAAACAGACGCUCGGCCGCGUCAAGAGCAAAGACCUGGACAUCAUACAGGUGAUCCCGCAGUACUCCAUCAUGCCCGACUCCAGCCAAUCAAACGUGGUGGUGGAGCCCAGCGGCUUCCUGGAGAUCACCGACUUCACCAGCCAGCGUCUGGACGAGGAAGCUGCCAUGGAACAGGAAGUGGACAGCAGCAACGACGAGGGGGCGGCGGCCAGCCCCACGGCCGACCAAUCACAGUGAAGCGUGCUGAUUUGAUUUGUUCAGAGGAGAAAGACCUUCUGUUUGUGCUUCAUCACAGCUGUAUAGAGAAUCAUGCAGUGAGUUUGUGCUGUAGAGCGAAACCUUACUUUAUGGAGAAUACCAUUCCUGACGGAAUGAUAGGAAUGUUUGUGUUGAUUUCUACUUAAAGGGACAGUUCACCCAAAACUGGUCAUUCUGUCUUUGUUUACUGUCCUUCAGAUGUUUCUUUCUUCUGUUGAACACAAAAGAAGAUGUUAUGAAGAAUGGUGGUAAACAAAUGCCAUUGGUCCCCAUUGACUUCCAUACUAGGGGAAAAAUACAAUGGAAGUCAAUGGGGUCCAACAGCUGUUUGUUUACCAGCAUUCUUCAAAAUAUUCAAACCGCUUUGAAACUUGAUGGUGAGUGAACGAUGGUUUGGGUGAACCGUCCCUUUAAUUUAUAGUUUGAAGUAGAGCUGAUGGACUGGAAGCUUCCAGAUGAUGAUGAUGAUGAUGAGCGCUGCUUCAUCAGGACGUUUCGUGACUCCGCCUCCGCUUGUGUUCUGCUCUCUGAUUGGUGUAAAUAGCGUUUGAUGGUCGUGUCCUCACUCGUGUAAAGCAGUGUCUCGUUUGUGCUCGGUGGAUGUAACGCUCAGCAUUUUAACUCUAUAAACUUUACUACAAAGCUGUGUUGUGUGCUGUGAUUGUGCGUGUGUUUGCACAGGUGAGCGGCUCUCGGGUUACGCGGCGGGUGUGUCCGCAGGUGUGUGUGUGUGUGUGUGUGGAAAGUGUCAGUGUCAUUAUAAGGGCCGAGUUUCCCUGUGACUCCUCAUUGUGAUGGAAACAAACGCGCGGUGGGUGUGAGCGUGGGACAGGGGGUUUUGUGUGUGUGUGUGUGUGUGUGUGUGUGUGUGUGUGUUUCUGGGUGGAUUCCGGUCCUCUGAAGUGGGCAGAGACUCCAGAGGAUGGUGGGACUUUCCUGCUGUCCCCAAGGAUCGGAGCGCGCUCCUCUGGGAGCGUCAUUCGUUUGUUUCCUUCAUCGCAUCCGCGUCGUUUCACUUUCAGCUCAACAGAAGACCGUCUCUGUUCUCAUCUAAUAGUGUCAGUGCCGUCAAAUACAUAUCACUUCAAUUACAGUUUUUUUGUUUUUUUGCUGAAAUUCUGUUUGUUUUUUUUUCUCCAAUUUCA